UUUUGAUUUUGCAUUGUGUUGAUUGUUUUGCGCAUUACAUGUUUGCAAAUUAGUCAUCUUGAACUCAAUACAUAGUCGAGAGAAACAUUUAUUGCGAUUUCUAUCGACAAAUUGAACAAAUUAAAAAUGUCGCUCGUUAGUGACGAUGAGUGGACACAGUUUAAGACUACCCAUAACAAGGUAUAUGAAGGCGAUGAAGACCAAAUGCGUCGUUCGUUAUACGAAAAAGCUAAGGCAAAAGUCGAGGAACAUAAUAAAAAGUACGAGAAUGGCGAAGUAACUUGGAAAAUGGGCAUUAACAAUAUGUCGGACUUUACUUCGGAGGAAUAUGCAAAUAGGUGUGGAUCUAGAGCACCCAAAUAAAGAAUCUCAAAUAGUUAGCAUUUAUAUAUAUAAUGUACGUGAACUUUACCGAUGCACAUUUACAAAACGCGACUAACAUUAUAUUUUAUUAA